AUGGAACCGCUGCCACCGCCACCAACACUGCCACCCGCACCACGCUCCUGCGGGAUCUGUACGGACUCAGCACAUCCCGAUGACCUGGUCAAGCCGUGCAGACAAUGUUCCACGGACUAUUGUAGAGACUGCCUGGUGGAGAUGUUCAACGGGGCUGCCAACGAUAGCACUCGCAUGCCGCCGCGGUGCUGCACGUUUCUCCAGAUUCACACGUCGUUUCUUUCGGAUGAGGACGCUAUCCGUUAUAGGAAGAGGUUUGAGGAGUGGGUGACCGUCAACAAGGUAUAUUGCCCGUCACCGACUUGCUCCACAUUCAUUCCAGAGGGACUGCUUCCGAAUCGCCUGGUCUCGUUGAGCAAUAGCCGGAGAAGCAUCGAACACUUCCUGUGUCCAGCAUGUCAUAUCGGCGUCUGUGUGAAAUGCAAACAAGUCGAGCACGGUACGACGCCUUGCGACACUUCAGUAAGCGACCAUGAGAUGGCCAUGCUUGAGCAGUUUCGCUACAAGCGCUGUCCACUCUGCAAACACGCCGUCAAGAAAAUGUUCGGUUGCUCGCACAUGCAAUGCGUUUGCGGGGCGCACUGGUGCUAUUACUGCCAGAAGAGCAUCCAUGAGUGUGACGGUAGCUGUCCAGACCGGGAGGAUAGCGAGAACGAGGAGGGUGAGGAUGACGACGAUGACGGUGACGAGUCUGUGCCGUCACUGCUUACCACCAUGGUCAAUCUCGACGGCGGCGGCGCUCGACGAUGGGCAGACAGUGACUAUGAUUUCGGCGAAGAGCCCGAAGAAGUGUCGCAUAUACAGAUCUGGUCUUGCCGACAUUCGUUCAGGUCCUACAAAGCCGCGGAC